CCUUUCGAUACGGUCAUCGUAAGUGUCUCAUCGUCUGUGCUGCAUAUGCGUGUUGUGUGCGUGUUGUGUCGUGUGUUCUCGCGUGCCGUUGUCGUUGUCGAUUCGUCGUCGUUGUCGUCGUCGUCGUCGUCGUCGUUAUCGUCGUCGUCGUCGUCGUCGUCGUCGUCGUCGUCGUCGUCGUCGUCGUCAUCAUCGUGAAAAAAGCAAAGAUGGUUAUCCGGCAACAGGGAGGAAGGGAUACACUACAGUCGACAAUAAUUAAAUGUAGAUAAGCCUUAACGCGUAAGGCGCAUUCAAAGAAAAAUCAUCGGAUGGAAGAAUAACGAGUAGAGAUGCAUUGCUGUGGCGUUGGAGGUGGCGCUUCCACGGCACCUCAGGCUCCGCAGCUGCAGGCUACCGGAUCUGCUGUCGGGGCUACCACCUCCACGAUCAUGCAGGACCCAGUUCUCGAGUCCAUCCUCGAGCAAAUGCGAGACACCGAAGCUCGGAGGACAGAUCUGGAACGACAACACGCGGAAGCACAGAAUCAGUUACGUGAAAAGAUAGCAGGUCGAUACCAAGGACCAGAAUCAGUCGAAGCCCUACAAUCGAAAAUCAGAGAAUUGGAGAAAAAAACCGAAUUGCAGAUGGUCAAACAUGAGGAAUUAUCGCUGGAACUGACGAGUUUAAGAAGGGCUCGAAGUCGUGGCCCAGCGGUUGGUCAUGUUACAUCCGCAAUACCCACAUCCACUUGGCCUCCGGCUGGCUCUGAAAUUGAUAGAAUUAUUGCAAAGAUUGAACAAGACAGUAGCAGUGCCGGCAGAAUGUUACACGACUUGGACCAUGCUCGAGGAAAUAUAACUACACAGCAACCUUCGGCCACGCAAAGUAUUCUUCGAUCCAGUUCGGAGAACCUUCCUAAUUUGGGCCAACAUCAGCACCCUCCUCAUCCACAUGCUCUUAAUCUGGGGAUGCCCGCGCAAAUGAGCCAUUACGCAGGAUCGCCCAUGCCAUUGACGCCAAUGAUGCCUGGUUGUCCGCCGUUGACGCCAAACGGGCCACCGUAUCAUUAUAGCGAACCAAUACCUCCAGCACCAUCUCUCUCUACUAGUCAGUCGCAACCUGCUUUUCAACAAAAGCUCCAGCAAUAUCAACAACAGCAACAACAACAAACGGAUUUGUCGAGUUCUCAUUCUCAGGGAGCCUUGCCCUCUCAACAAAAGCAACAAGCGCACACACACUUUACAAGUAAUCAGUAUCAAGAGAGUUACCCGCAUACGCAAACUUAUCAGCAACCGCUUCAACAGCAACAACACCCGAGCUCGACUUCGUACCUGACAGCGUCGAAUCAAAGUGUGAUACCUCAUUAUACGCAGCCAACUCAGACUGCGCAAAGUUAUCAAUUAAAUGGCAGUCAGCAUGGUUCUCAACAGAGGAACUUUUUAUACGAUUGUCAACAGUCCACGACGUACCCUAAUCUAUCAAUGUCGACGCAUCCUAAUGGGACGUACAGUUCAGGAGCUUCUUACAACCCUCAACUGUCUCACCUUAAUUAUUCGGUUCCGCCGUCGAAUAUCACGCAAACGACCUUAUCAACGUUGACACCAUAUUCGACGGCAUCCUUCCAUUCAACGUUAGGGCCGCUUACGAGCGUUCCUCAAACCGUUCUUCCUUUCUCGAGCGUUCAAAGCACCUAUGCUACAAGCGGCUCGACUUAUUCCACUGUCGGGACCAAUGCUUUCGGCACCUCGGGCGUCGGCUCGGGCACUACAUCAGGAAGCUUGUUACAAGCAAUAGGAGAUCCUUUACAAGCGAUGCAACAACUUUCUGCUCAAUCGCAAGCCAAUCAAUUGCAACAACAAGCGAUUAUUCAACAAAUACAACAAAGUUUGCGAGCUAGUUCGCCAACGGCGACAGGCACAACGGGCCACCAUUUUCUUGGUCCAAGACAAAUGCCAAAAAUCCCUACUAGUAUACUUACUAAUCCUUUAGAUAGAUUGACCAAUGAAAAUAUAGUAUCUGAAGGUCAAGUCGACAUGUUGGAUAUACCUGGCAAGGGUAGAUGUUACGUUUACAUAGCUCGCUUCACUUACGAGCCCUUUCAGCAUUCGCCUAAUGAAAAUCCAGAAGCUGAGUUACCCGUACAGGGCGGGGAUUACCUUCUUGUUUGGGGUCAACCAGACGAGGAUGGUUUCCUUGACGCUGAAUCUCUCGAUGGAAGGCGUGGUCUCGUACCUGCUAACUUUGUACAAAAGUUAAUCGGUGAAGAUCUGUUGGAAUUUCAUCAAGCUGUCCUCGGCCUUAGAGACGUCGAUGAUUCUGCUUCAACGAAUAUUCCACAAGUGAGCAAUUGCUAUCUGCAGGACAUCGAUCUAGAAUUAGCAGCUUUAGAAGAGGGAAAUCGAAAUCGACAAGCUGAGUUAUCUGCUUACGCUGAAUUGGACAAUAUUGCGGAAGAUGACGAACAAGAACCACCAGAAGUCUACCUGUUUUCGGACCUAGUUCCGGCGCCGCAGCACCUCACUCUCGAACGACAACUCAACAAGAGUGUCCUGAUUGGGUGGACCGCUCCUGAAAAUCCUCAUCAACUAGAAUCCUAUCAUGUCUACGUGGAUGGUGUACUGAAGGUUACCGUCAAAGCUACAGAAAGAACGAGGGCAUUGGUCGAAGGAGUUGAUUCUACUAGGCCCCACAGAAUAAGCGUACGAUCGGUGACACAUUCGAGAAGAACAUCAAGGGACGCAGCUUGUACAAUGGUGAUCGGCAAAGAUAUUGCUUUGGGUCCAACUGCCGUAAAAGCAUCCAACGUGACAGCAACCAGCGCCGUGAUAUCAUGGUUGCCAAGUAAUAGUAAUCAUCAACACGUAGUUUGCGUGAAUAACGUCGAAGUCAGGACCGUGAAGCCAGGAGUUUACAGACAUACGAUCACCGGCUUGGCACCCUCGACGAUCUAUAGGGUAACGGUGAAAGCGAAAAAUUUAAGAGCAACGCAUUUUGAGGAUCAAAAUGCACAAGCGGUAAACAAUUUUGCCUGUCAUGUCCACUUUAAGACAUUGCCCAAAGGAUUGCCAGAUCCUCCGGUCGAUAUCCAGGUGGAGGCUGGACCGCAGGACGGCACUUUGCUAGUGACCUGGCAGCCUGUUGCCCUAAACGGUUCGGCCGUCACCGGUUACGCGGUGUAUGCCGAUGGAAAAAAAGUCACCGACGUUGACAGUCCCACCGGUGAUCACGCUUUGGUCGACAUACACAAGCUUAUGGGCCUGAAUCCAAAACACAUAACAGUCCGUACGAAGAGUAGGGAGAGUCAAUCGGGUGACAGUUGUGCUACAGCGAUACCUUGCAGCGUUCUUCGAAGUGGUACGAGUACUCAUUUGCAACACGGUGCCCCACACAUGCUCGAUCAAGGCCAACAACAACAACAAUCGAGCGUUAUACAACAGGACGAUCCGAACCGUCAUCGUAUGGCAGCUCAGCGAUAUCCUACUGCACCUGUUCCAUCGCACAUGAGAAGACAAGGUACCAGAGUCGAUGCGCAUGGUCAAGUAAUCAUUGAAACAGAUGAAAACCUCUCCGACAAGGAAAUAUUUCCAGGACAGAGCAUCUCUCAAAUGGCUGUUCCAGAAAUCACGAAGGAUUCUGCCAGUGAAGCCAACUAUAGCGAAGAGGAUGAUCCUUCCCGAAGAGGUCGUGGAAUGUCACCUCAUCAUCAUCGAUACGGUCCUCAAGGCCCUCAAGGACCACCUGGAGCAUAUAGAUCGGUUAGAAUGGGAGGACCUGGUAGACCUCAGGAUGCUUAUUACGAUCAAACAGGUAAUCAAAGGAUGAGAGGACCUAUGUAUGGCGCUAGAGUAAAUCAAGCUCAAGGUGGCAACGUUCAUCCAGCAAGUGGCGUUCAACAAAUGAAUAAGAGGGCACGCCGAUUCAUCGCAUUGUUCGAUUACGAUCCAACCACUAUGUCACCAAAUCCUAACGCUUGCGAGGAAGAAUUACAAUUCUCCGAAGGAGACACCAUCAAGGUAUAUGGUGAAAAGGAUGCCGAUGGUUUUUAUUGGGGCGAAUGUCGUGGUAGACGAGGAUACGUGCCACAUAAUAUGGUUGAGGAAUUAAAAGAUCAAAAUCAAGGUGGUCAAGGACAACCUAAUAGACGAGGUCCUGCAUCCAAUGAAAGAUGGGGAGAUAUUUAUGCGAGUAUGCCUAUGAAGAAAAUGAUAGCGAUGUACGAUUAUAAUCCACAGGAACUCUCACCUAAUCCGGAUGCGCAAGUCGAAUUACCGUUCCAUGCGGGUAAUGAAAUUUGUGUUUAUGGUGAAAUGGACUCCGAUGGAUUUUACAUGGGUGAACUUAACGGAGUUCGCGGUUUAGUGCCAAGUAAUUUCCUCAUAGAAGCAUCUAAUCAGGGUCAACCUUCUCAAGGAGGUAGAAGGCCACCGGGACAAAGUCAAGGACCCGGUGCGAGGGGUCCACCACCCCCACCACGAGAACCUCCGCCAACUGGGCACCGUCGUAGUAAAGAUGCCUGCAUUGUGCCUGUGUCUGUCCCUGUCUGUCACUUAGACUCUAGACAACAACAACAACAACAACAACAACCACUAAUGAACAACCAACAACAUCAACUACAACAAAACAAUCCACCGCAUCUAGCGUACCAACAAGCGAAUCACCAUAGCUAUACGACUGUAACCACGUCUAAUCAGCAUGGGCCCAGUCACUUGCCUUCCGGCGGUGGUGUCAUGGGUGCCCACCAGCAAGGGCCCCUUCCACCCCACCUUCAACAACAGGGGAAGGGGAGGGGAGGCGUGGGCAAUCGAGCCGCUGGUAGUAACUUGCCAGGUGGUAUGCAGGCUCCGGGACAACACAUGCAACCGCAACAGCAGCUCGAUUAUCAAGGUCAGCAACAGCAAAAUCAACCGUAUCAACAACAGCCGAAUCAACAGAAUCAGAAUUAUCAGCAAUCAAAUCAGGGAUACCCGCAACAAGGACAACAGGGCUUUGGACAGCAAGCUGGACAACAGUAUCAACAACCGCAACAACAACAACAGGGACAGCAUCAACAGCAGCAGCAGCAGCAGGUGCAACAAUCGAAUCAAGGAUAUGGUCAACAAAACCAAGGACCAUCGAUGCAGAGUUCACAGCCAAGCAGCAAACCUAUGAGGGGUAUACCCGCUGUCCUUCCAACUGCUCAAAGCAAAACCACACCGAACACUACACAAGGCCAACAACAACAGCAACAGCCACAACAGCAGCAGAGUACGGGUCCGAAUCUAAUGCAAAAGUUUACAGAAAUGGCAGGUGCCAGUGCAGGCGGAGACAUUCUCUCGAAGGGCAAAGAGCUUAUCUUUAUGAAGUUUGGCUUGGGCAAGUGAGCUAUUGCCUUUACUACAUCGCCGAUAUUAAAAAUACAUCUUUUCUUUUUCUUCCUCUCCGCUUACGAUAUUUUGACGCGGAUUCCGACGACGUAUCGAUAACGAUCUCCGCGAUCAAAACGUUCGAAUGCAACGUUAUUACGACCGAUCGUACGUACGAGUGCAGGAUAAAAGGAUAAAAUAUGAUAAAAGGUUUAAGGGAUAUAUAUAUAUACAUACAUACAUAUAUAUAUAUA